AUGACAUCUCAGCAGGAGGUGCCUUCCAUCACCAGGUUUUUCCAGUAUGUGGAGGACUGUGGACUUCGAACCUACGAUGGUUUGGUGAUACAAAAUGCCUCGGACAUUGCCAGAGAAAGUGACCGUAUUCGUAAUCAGACCAACUGGACCUAUCUGCAGGAAAAACACCAAAAGAAGAGAUGGCAGCAAGAAACCAUCAAGAGGAUUGGGGAAGAUGUUGCGAUGGCAACAGACGUGUCAUACUCAGGACGACAUUACAGGAUGGGUUUCAUGACUUUGCCAGCACCACAAGACCGAUUACCCCCUCCAAGUCAGGGCUUCACAGUCCGAUCCCAGUCCCUCCACUCUGUGGGCGGAGGAGAGGACGAGUCCAACCACAACCGAAAACAACCCCCACCCAAACCGAGGAGAGACCCCAACACCAAACUGAGCAGCAGCUCUGAGAUGGUGAAUGGAGGCUCUGGACUCAUCAGGAGAGAUCAACAAGAGACCAAAGAGAUGAUGGAGCAGCUGGAGGCUCAAUGCCCUGUCUACACUGAUGACUUCAAGAAGAUGCCUCCACCUAAACCUAAGAGGAACCCAAACACUCAACUCAGCACCUCCUUUGACGAGUCCUACAUCCAUAACCACGGCAAAAAGAAGUCUUCUUUGAGGUGGUGUGAAUCUUCAUCCCAGAGUCAGAGUCCAGUAUCAAGGGACAUGGACGACGACGAGCCAGUUUAUAUUGAGAUGGUGGGAAACAUCCUUGGCGAGUUGAAAGGUCAGGAAGUGGUGGAGGAUGAUCAGAGUGAGUCUGUAUAUGAGGAGAUGAAAUAUCCGAUGUUGGAGGAUUUUGUGCAGGACACUCCCUCUGUCAUCAUGGAUCCUGAUGCCUGGUCCCAUGAAUCUUUCUGCGACAUCCCUCCACCCUUCCCGAAUCUCCUGACACAUCGUCCACCCUUGCUCGUCUUCCCCCCUGCCCCAGCUCAGUGCUCCCCCAACUCUGAUGAGUCUCCCCUUACACCAUUAGAUGUUACCCGGCUUCCCAUGAUAGAACCAGUCUCCUACAGCAAAUCAAGUGGUCCUGAAUCCCCUCAGAAAUCAAGCCACCACCGCAAAGACAGAGAUCGAGACAGAGACCUCUCCUCCAACCACACCAUCACAUCCUCUGGCCGAUCAUCAGCUCCUCCUCUCCCGUCAAACUUCUACAAGUCAUCCGGCUCAGCCCAAGAUGGUCAUGGUUACCCCCGUAGCCAAUCAGCAUGUCCAUCUCCGGUCAGCAUGGGUCGCUCUUUGACCCCUCUGAGCCUGAAGAGGCCACCGCCAUAUGACACAUUGAUAACUGGCGGAAGUAUACCUCGCUCUUCAUCUUCAUCAUCCUCACACAAAGCAGGGGGAAGCAGAUCUAAACUUAGUAACUCCUCCUCCAGCCAUGGUUCCAUGCAGAAUGUUUCAAUAAGGACUCCAACAAGCCCAUCGGACGAACUUAACAAUGUGUUUACGUCAGGUCGACAGGUGGUGAAGAGAAGUUCAGGAAGCAGGAGGAGCAGAGAGGGUGAAGAAUACAGGUCUCUGCCUCGAUGUGACAGUAAAGACAAAGAGCGACCAUCCAGUCCACAUUCGAGCAGGAUGGGCAGGUCGUCUGUCAGCCCCACCAUGAUGCUGUCUGGAGGCGGAGUCGGAGGAGAAUCAAAGUCUGUUUGUAAACUGGGCCGUUCAGCCUCGACGUCGGGAGUUCCUUCACCUGGAACGACACUACAACGUCACCUGCACGAAGCGCAUCACCCUGCCCUUAGACAGAUGCCGUGGCUCUGCGGCGACGCCACCAUGAUGGAGAUGAUCGAAAAGAAACAGGUUCUGUGUCGAGAGAUUAAAGCUCGUCAGCGGCCCGAGAAAAAUCUGUGUAAACAAGAUAGUAUGCCCAUCCUGCCCAGCUGGAAGAAGAAACACCCACCGCCAUAUUCAGCCCCUGCCGCUGUUACCACCGCUGGACAGACCAGCACCGUAUUUUGGGACACCGCCAUUUGA